AUGCCAGCAGUUCCAGCACGUAGAAGGUCCGCAACUUACAAAGACCGCAAUAACGAGACUGACAGCGAUGACGAGGAGGACGAGGAUUAUCAGAUUCCCGACAAUGAGAGGGCAACUGUACUCUUUGACUUCAACAGGGAGCGGGAUAAGCGGCUGGCAGAUGUAACCAAUAUCCCUGAGGGAAGAUACACUGAGCAGGAGAAAGAUCUCUUCUUACAACUGGCUAUGCGCGGUUUCGAGCCGCUUGCACCGAAGCAUUGGCAAUUUGACUUCCCGACCUUGCCUGAUUCUUUGUUCCCUGAAGAAGGGAAAAGGCAAUCAGAGCCGAUUAUCACGAUAUCUAGGAGCACCACAUUCUACGCAAUCAAAUCGCUUAAUAACCUCUUCUCCCUCAGUGGUCGUGUGAGGGACUGCAGUAUCGUGGAGAAGAAUCCGGAAACUCUGAUCAAACAGACCAUCAGCAGGUAUAUUCGCUGGGCACUAUAUGAUGCGAACCUCGAAAUCAACCGGGCGUCAAUGCCGAUACAUGUACUACACGCGCAAAAGAAGAACGAGUCAGUCCGUGAUGCGCUAGAGCGUCUUAAUAGGCGCCUGAAAAAGCUCGCGCUCCGACACCGGAUGGCCUUGGCGGCGUCUGACACAUUAAACAACAAUAAGCUGCCCUUGCUCAUCGGGUUCCUCAUCUGCGGCCCAGUUGUUGCUCUUAUGACAUUCGACCUAAACCUGAUCAAAGGCACGCCGGAAGAUGAUGAAAUGAAUGGUAAAUUCUUCUCGCAGUUUGACUUUUCCGAGAAGGGCCAGGAUGUGUGGAACUCGCUGUCUAUCGCUAUAGUUGUCAUGCACAUUCGUAGCUCCAUGGUUCGACUUGCGCGGAGCGGAUACGGUGGUUAUGUGAAGUCUUUAGAGAGCAGUCCCGCAAGUGAGGAUCUAUAG